AUGACAGUGGGCCUCGUGUCGCUGCUGUGCCUCGGUUUCAGUCUGAGUCAGAGGAUCCGAGCACAGCAUGAGACCCUCCCCAAGCCCACCCUCUGGGCUGAGCCAAGACCUCUGAUCUAUUCAAGGCAUCCAGGAGCCAUCUGGUGUCAGGCGUCCCUGGAGGCUCAGAGGUACCUUCUGAGCAAAGAAGGAAGCCCAGAACCCUGGGACACGCAGCAGCCACUGGAGCCCAGAGACAAGGCCAAGUUCCUCAUUGUACACAUGACAGUGGACUAUGCAGGGCGAUACCACUGUCAGUACUGUACUCAGUCCGGAUGCUCAGCACGCAGUGACGUCCUGGAGCUGGUGAUGACAGGAGACUUUGAUAAACCCACCCUCACAGCCGUUCCCGUCCCUGGGGAGGCCCCAGGCGGGAAGAUGUCCCUCCAGUGCGGCUCACGGUUGGGAUUUGAUAGGUUUGUUCUGUUGGACGAGGGAGACCCCAGGCGCUCCUGGACCCUGGACUCACAGCAACUCUCCAGUGGACGUUAUCAGGCCGUGUUCCCUGUGGACCCUGUGACCAGUCACAGGCGGACAUUCAGAUGCUAUGGGUAUUUCAGGACCCAGCCUUAUAUGUGGUCGGACUCCAGUGACAUCCUGGAAUUCCCGGACACAGGUGAGGAGCCAGGGCCUCGCUCUCAAAUGACUUAA